AUGGCCGAGGAUGAGGAAGUCGAAUCUGCUUUGAUUCCAAGCCUCUACAAGCCGCCCGCUUUACUACCAAUAGCACAACUCAAAGAUCAACUACUCUACACAAUAGAGACGUACCCUGUGACAAUUGUUGUUGGCGAAACAGGCAGCGGCAAGACCACGCAGAUACCAAAAUUCCUCCUUGAAGGAGGCUGGUGCAAUAGUGGCCAGCAAAUAGCCAUCACCCAGCCUCGGCGGAUAGCAUGCACUAGCGUGGCAGCAAGAGUAGCGGAAGAGAUAGGUACAUCACUUGGUCAGAAAGUUGGGUACAGCAUCCGGUUCGAAGAUGUUACAUCCGCGGCCACACAGGUAAAGUUCGUCACAGAUGGUCUGUUACUGCGCGAGAUGCUUGUCGACCCGUUGCUCUCUCGCUACUCCGUUAUCAUGGUUGAUGAAGCACAUGAGCGAAGCUUAUCAUCUGAUAUACUGCUGAGUCUACUGAAGAAAGUGCUGAGGAAAAGGGAAGACUUGCGUGUUGUCGUGAGUAGCGCCACGCUGGAAGCAGAACACUUCCUUGACUUUUUCAAUCCUGACGAAGGGGAAAAGGUCCAUGGCAAGAGUAGAGAAGAUUUUGGGUACAUUAUCGGCAUUGAAGGGCGCACAUAUCCGGUCGAGAUCCAAUACCUACAAGAACCAACGAACAACUACGUCGAAACAUCAGUCGAUACAGUCAUGAAAAUUCACGAGCACGAGAGUGAAGGCGACAUUCUCGUAUUCUUAACGGGACGCGAGGAAAUAGAUGACGCUAUUGACAAGCUGGGGGAUCGCAUUGCCGAGAUGACUUCAUCCCAGCAAAGGCUCAUGCCCCUGCCCCUCUACGCCGGCCUGCCCACAGAAGACCAGAAUCUCAUCUUCACAAAGCCACCGCCGAAUACGCGACGCGUCAUUUUCAGCACCAAUAUUUCAGAGGCGUCUUUGACUAUUGAUGGCAUUGCCUUCGUGGUAGACACAGGAUACGUCAAGCUCCGCGCCUACAACGCCAGCCUAGGCAUCGAAAAUCUAGCCGUCGUCCCCGUAUCGAAAGCCAGUGCCACGCAAAGAGCAGGUCGUGCUGGGCGCACAAGGCCAGGCAAGUGCUUUAGACUGUACCCAGAAAGCGUAUAUGAAGGCUUGGAGGAAGCCACCUUCCCUGAGCUCGCUCGCUCCAAUCUCGCACCUGUAAUUCUGCAGCUUCUCAACUUAGGAAUCACGAAUGUGGUGCGGUUUGACUACCUCUCCUCGCCGCCAUCAGCUCUCGUAACACGUGCUCUGGAUCUUCUCUACUCCCUUGGGGCCCUGGACACUCACGCUCGGCUUACAAAGCCCCUUGGUACACGUAUGGCAGAACUACCUCUCGAACCAAUGCUUGCUCGCGCCUUGUUGAAAGCUGCGGAACCAGAGUUUGGCUGCUUGAGCGAAAUGCUCACGAUAGCUGCUAUGAUGACACUGCAAGGCAACGCCUUUGUAUCCCAUGACGGUGCAAAGAAACAACUCGAUGCAGCGAGGCGGAAAUUUGGAGUAGCGGAGGGCGAUCAUCUUACACUGUACAAUGUGUACGAAGCUUUCGUUAAAGCUGGUAUGGGUAACACGGCAUGGUGUCAUUCGAAUAGUCUCAACCACAAAUCGCUCGUCAAGGCAGUCAGUGUCCGGAAACAACUAGUUGCUUAUCUGGAUCGUUUUGGUGUCAAGGAGAAUGUUCUCGCAUCGUCGGGCGUCCUGAGGGUUGGCGGUACACCACUUGCCGAGCGCGUCCGACGUUGUUUGACCACUGGAUUCUUCGCCCAUGCUGCGAGAAUGAAGUCAGACGGAACUUUCACUACUGUUGACGGAAAAACGACACUAUGGGCUCACCCGAGUUCUGUAUUCUUCACGAGGAAGGCUGAUUGGGUCAUAUACACCGAGAUCCAGUCCACGAGGGACAAAAUCUACAUCAGGGAUCUGAGUACAGUGGAUAUGGAUUGGCUGACGGAAUAUGCGCCCGAGUACUAUAAGAUCAAGGACGGCGGUCGAUGA